ACGGCUAAUCCACAGCUAAAAGCCCAGAAUAUUGAGGCGAUCAGCUUAAAGCAAAACAAGAAGAUGAACAGAAACAUCAAGUUGAGUAAAGAUCUCCCAGACAUUGAGAGCAUCCUGGCUCUAAAUCCCAGAGUGAAGAGCCAUGCUCAGAUCUUUUCUACUGCAAGCAAGAAGAAAGAGAAGAAACACUGGAAGAGAAACCCUGAAAGAAACUGUGAUUCUUGCAUGAAGUUAGAAAACAACUUUGAUGACAUCAAGCACACGACUCUGAGCGAGAGAGGAGCUCUCCGGGAAGCACUGCGGUGUCUAAAAUGCGCCGAUGCUCCCUGUCAGAAGAGCUGCCCAACAAACCUGGACAUCAAGUCAUUUAUUACAAGUAUUUCCAACAAGAACUACUACGGGGCAGCGAGGGCCAUCCUCUCUGACAACCCUCUGGGUCUGACCUGUGGGAUGGUUUGUCCCACAUCGGAGCUGUGUGUCGGGGGCUGCAACCUGUACGCCUCUGAAGAAGGACCCAUCAACAUCGGAGGGCUGCAGCAGUUUGCUACUGAGGUGUUCAGUAAAAUGGGCAUCCCACAAAUCAGGAACCCUGAACUCCCACCAGCCAAUGAGAUGCCAGAGUCCUACCACGCCCCCAUUGCUUUGAUUGGCUGCGGCCCAGCUUCAAUCAGUUGCGCUUCUUUCCUGGCCCGUCUGGGAUAUGAUAAUAUCACUAUAUUUGAGAAACAGAAGUACAUCGGAGGACUGAGCACCUCAGAAAUCCCUCAGUUCAGGCUCCCCUAUGAGGUUGUCCAGUUUGAAAUCAAUUUGAUGAAGGACCUGGGAGUGAAGGUGGUUUGUGAAAAAGGUUUAGGUGUUGAUGGCAUGACUCUUUCAUCCCUGAACGGGGAGGGAUUUAAAGCUGUUUUCAUUGGGAUUGGUCUCCCUCAGGCUAACAGGGCCGAGAUCUUCCAGGGUUUAACUGUGGACCAAGGCUUUUUCACGUCUAAAGACUUUUUGCCUGUGGUGGCUUCUGCCAGUAAGAAAGGUAUGUGUCAGUGUCGCUCUGCGCUCCCAGAGUUGAAGGGGGUGGUGAUCGUUUUGGGGGCCGGUGAUACCGCAUUCGAUUGCGCCACCUCAGCUCUGCGCUGCGGAGCCAGGAGAGUCUAUGUCUGCUUCAGGAAAGGAUUUACCAACAUCAGAGCUGUUCCCGAGGAGAUGGAGUUGGCCAGAGAGGAAAAGUGUGAGUUCCUGCCCUUCCUGUCUCCUCGUGAGGUCAUCAUGAAGAACGGGAGGAUCGCCGGGCUGCAGUUCUGUCGCACCGAGCAGACCGAGAAAGGUGAUUGGCUGGAAGAUGAGGAUCAAAUCAUCAGGUUGAAGGCUGAUUACAUUAUUAGUGCGUUUGGGUCCAUGCUGAAUGACCCGCAAGUGACUGCAGCCAUGACUCCUGUGAAGCUGAGCCGCUGGGGAACUCCAGAGAUAAACAUGGAAACCAUGCAGACCAGUGAACCCUGGGUGUUUGCAGGAGGAGACGUUGCUGGUUUGGCAAACACCACAGUGGAGUCUGUGAAUGACGGCAAACAGGCUUCAUGGCGCAUUCACAAAUACAUGCAGUCACUCUAUGGACACACAGUGGACACCGUCCCAAAGCUGCCUUUGUUCUACAGUGCCAUAGAUCAGGUGGACAUCAGUGUGGAGAUUUGUGGUCUGAAGUUUCCCAACCCGUUCGGCCUAGCUUCUGCUCCUCCCACCACCAGCACAGCCAUGAUCAGACGAGCCUUUGAGCAAGGAUGGGGCUUCGCUCUGACCAAAACCUUUGGACUGGACAAGGAUCUGGUGACCAACGUGUCUCCUCGUAUCGUGCGGGGCAUCACCUCAGGGCAUGUGUUUGGACCGGGCCUGGGCUCCUUCCUCAACAUUGAGCUCAUCAGUGAGAAAACAGCAGCAUACUGGUGUCAGUCUGUCGCUGAGCUGAAGAAGGACUUCCCUCACAAUAUUUUGAUCUCUAGCAUAAUGUGCAGCUACAACAAGGAAGACUGGACAAAGCUUGCCAAGAUGGCUGAGGAGUCAGGAGCAGAUGCACUGGAGCUGAACCUGUCGUGUCCUCAUGGAAUGGGAGAAAGGGGAAUGGGACUGGCCUGUGGACAAGACCCGGUGUUGGUGCGAAACAUCUGUCGGUGGGUGCGUGCAGCAGUUUCCAUUCCUUUCUUUGCCAAACUUACACCAAAUGUCACCAAUGUUGUUGACAUUGCCAAAGCAGCACAUGAAGGUGGAGCAGAUGGAGUGACGGCCACCAACACGGUCUCAGGUUUGAUGAGUCUGAAGGCUGAUGGCUCUCCCUGGCCAGGUGUCGGUGUGAGCAAACGCACCACGUAUGGAGGAGUGUCUGGUAACGCCAUCAGACCCAUCGCUCUGAAAGCCGUGUCAGCCAUUGCGAGGGCAAUCCCCGGUUUUCCCAUCUUGGCCACUGGUGGAAUCGACUCGGCAGAGAGCGGACUCCAGUUUCUCCACGCUGGAGCCUCAGUGUUGCAAGUGUGUAGUGCAAUUCAAAACCAGGACUUCACACUAAUUGAGGAUUACUGUGUUGGUCUGAAAGCCUUAUUGUACCUGAAGAGCCUGGAGCUGAAGGACUGGGACGGUCAGUCUCCUCCCACUGAAAAACAUCAGAAAGGAAAACCAGUUCUCAAGCUGGGAGACCUGGUUGGGAAGAGCCUUCCAAGCUUUGGUCCAUACCUACAACAGAGAACUGAAGCCAUAGCCAAGUACAAAAGUGAACUCAGAAAAGCUGGUAAAGCAGAUGUGUCAGAAACAAACAUCGGUCGUGUCAACCAGCCCAAAAGACCAGUUCCUGCUGUCAAGGAUGUGAUAGCCAGAGCGCUGCAGUAUAUUGGAGCAUAUGGGGAACUUAACAACAUGGAGCAGGUCCAGGCUCUGAUAGAUGAAGAUAUGUGCAUCAACUGUGGUAAAUGUUACAUGACUUGCAACGACUCAGGAUACCAGGCUAUACAGUUUGAUCCAGAGACCCAUCUUCCUUUCGUGACAGACAGCUGCACAGGAUGCACUCUUUGCCUGAGUGUCUGCCCCAUUAUAGACUGCAUCAAUAUGGUUAACAGGACAACACCGCAUGUACCUCAAAGAGGCAUACCCAUUAGCCCUGUCUGCUAAAAGGAUUGUACACCUUGUUCCAAAUUAUUAUGCAAAUUGGAUUUAAGUGUCAUAAAGAUAAAACAAAUUUUGUUGUGCUAUUAAAUUUAUAGAUGGUAUUGUGUGUCAUGGCUCUUUGAAUCACUAUAAUUAAUUUCAGAGAGCUGGUUGAUUAGUUUUUCUGCUGAGCUCAAUUAAAGGAAAUCUACUUAAGAAGGAUGUUCCACAUUAUUAAGCAGGCCACAGGUUUCAAGCAAUAUGGGAAAAAGAAAGGAUCUUUGUGCUGACCAAAAUCAUCAGAUAGUGUAGUGCCAUAUGAAAAUAUCAGAUAUUUAACAAAAACUGAAACAUUAUCGUACUGAGAAGAAAUUUGUGGCUGAUUCAGAACAAAGAUGGGUUUGUACAGAUAAAGGCAAAAUGAGGAAGGUUCCUUUUAGACAAAAUCAUGUGAUUAAGAGAGCAGCUGUUGAAAUGCCCUUACAAAGCAGCAAACAGUUAUUUGAAGCUCCUGGUGCCUCUGGAACCACAAGGUGGAGGAUCCUCCAGAGGCUUGCGGUGCAUGAACCAACUAUUCGACCACCCUAACCAGAGCUCACAAGCAGAAACUGUGGCAGUGGGCCUAGUCAUACAUGAUUAAUUUUUAAACAGACUUGUUCACUGAUGACUGCCAUGCAACCUUGGAUGGUCCAGAUGGACGCAGUAGUGGAUGGCCACCACGUCCCAACACGGCUGUGAUGUCAGCAAGGAGGUGGUGGGGUCAUUUUUUGUGCAUAAUUUGGAGCAGUGCAUUUUGAGUUUUUCUAUUUAAAAAAAUAUAAUAAUUACUGUUCUCUUUGGGAGCUUUGUUCAGUAAAAUUUGAUUUAUAUUGUAAUAUUUUAUGACCUGAAAAUUAUACUGACCAUCAUUGACAAUUGAAGAAAAUCUGAGAAAAUAUCACUUGCACAAUAAUUUGGAACACGGUGAAAAACAGAACAAACCAAUUAAAUGUUGAGAUUAAGCAUUUUUGUGUUUAGUUUGAGACCUCUGCUCUGCCAAACUGUGUCACAGAAAAUCAGAAUAGUUCCAAAGAGAUUUUAUUAAAAAGAAUAGGUCAUGAAGCAAUGACUAAUUUGUAUUAAAAAAGAAAAUUAAUAGUUUAUAUUAUGGUAAUUGCAUUUGUUAAUAAUUUGAUUAAUGUUCAUCUUAACUUUAUGGUUAUCUACUCAUCAAUAGGUCCACUGAAAAAAGCUUAUGGCAUACACUGUAUAUUCAUGUAUAAAAAAAUCUUCCCUACUGUCCUCAUGAAGUUGAAUAAAGCUAUGAUGUUGCUGUAAA